GUCAUGGGAGGAGAAUGAUUCUGAGAAUAGACAGAGACCAGAUGUGAGGAUGAGGCAAUACAGGGGACACAUAAAGAGAUAUGGAGAUAUUCUCCUGAGAUGAAGUUCUGGACUCUGAUUGGCCAAUGACCCCAACACAGGAAAAAACAAGGGACCUUGAACAAUCUGAUAACACCGAGACCUCCACUUUCUCCAGAGGCUCCUGAGAGAGGCUGCUGGUCCAAAGGCAGAGCUGAUUUUUCCAAGAUCAGACUCUCCAGAGAAGGUCCUUCCUAACUCCAGCGCAUCUAAGUAUUCCUGUACUGGCUUUCAAGGACUACACAGCACUUAGAGAUAAGACACCUCAUUUGAAGCCAUGAAAGUCUGAAAUGGAAUACUAUUGAAGCCUGCGGUCACACAGCUCCUGAAAGAAGUGGCCAAGAACCAAGAACACAAAGACGGCCUUGGUAUCCUGACCAUCCUCCAGCCCCCAAACCAGCCUGCCCUGCCUUCAGAAACAGGUUCCCCCUGGAGACAGUGUCCAGGAUAUUUUGGGUACCCAGAACCCGCUGAUCCGAGUAGCCCAGCAAGGUUUUCUUGAGCUCAGAUCCCUCCACCAUGGACGAGGAUUGCUUGACAACCAACGGUUCCAAUUCCAGCAAUGACACAGGGACAUCUCCAAGGGCAGACACUGCUGACCAAAGGAUUUUCUGGUCCUUCACGGUGGUCGUGGCCCUCUGUGGGUUGGUGGGGAAUGGAAUUGUCAUCUGGCUUGUCCGUUUGUCCAUCAGGAAGAGCUCAUUCUCGAUCUAUAUCUUCAACCUAGCUAUCGCAGAUUUCCUUCACCUUUGCUUCCAGACCGUGUUCUCUGUCCGCCAGAUUCUAAAGCCUUUCCUAGAGCGUUGUUUCCCUCUUCCCGGUAUAUUUACGGUGCUCAGGUUCUUCUCGUAUUUCACUGGCCUGGCUGUCGUAACUGCCAUCAGCUUUCAGCGCUGUCUGUCUGUCCUCUUCCCUAUCUGGUAUCGGUGUCAUUGCCCAAAGCAGCUGUCGGCCAUAGUGAGUGCCCUGCUCUGGCUUCUGACCCUUCUGAUAAACCUAGUGAGGGGCCACGCCUGCGGUCAGCUCUCCAAGCCUGAGUCUGAGUCCUGCCAGACGUUUGAAACCAUCACCACCGUGUGGGUUUUCCUCCUGUUCUUUGUCAUGGGCGCAUCCAGUCUGCUGUUACUCGUGAAGGUCCGGAUCAGCUCCCAGAGGCCCCAGCCCAUAAAGCUCUCCUUGGUGGUUCUGCUCACCGUCCUGGUGUUCCUCCUCUGCGGUCUGCCCUUCAGCGCCAUCAGGUUCCACAUUUUCAGCGCGGCCAAAGUCUCUCUCAACAUCAGCCUCCUUUUCUGCUGCCUGAACAGCACAGUCAACCCUGCCAUUUAUUUCUUCAUCGGGGGCUUUACGGGGCCGGGGUGGUGGGGGCCCCUCAGGGUGGUGCUCCAGAGGGCCCUGGGUGAAGAGGCAGGGGAUGGUGAGGACAGGAAGAUGCCCCCCACUGGCAGAACAGAAGCAGUGGACCUCUCCGCUUCUCUGGACUCGACCCCAACAGUCUCUUCAGUGACCACUUCGUACCUCCAAGACGAAAAAGCUCCCCCAACCAAGCAUCCCCAAGCAAGUUUCCCUCAUAAUCUCCGCUUUGUACAAAAAUUCAGGAGAAAUUGCUAGAAGCAGAUUUUUUGUGUGUUAAAAAAAAAUCAUUUUUUUAAGCCUUUGGAAACAUCGUCAAGCUGUCCUUCGGCAAGCUUGGAAAGUAGCUAUAAAGUCACUCUCGUCAACUAUGCAGUGUCUGUAAACAUGAUGUGACAGCGGUGGCUGACCUCCUCUAACCUCCCAAGGGGGAAGGAGAAUCAAGAUCAACAGCCCAAGGCUGAUUCCUAUGAAGCAGCGGUCAGACACGGCCCCUCUCUCCACCAUCUUUACCCACUGUGACACCAGCCGUCCCUCCCAUGGCACUCUCUACUUCUCUGCUGGGUUUGAUAAUUCAUUGCAACGGCCAUGCAGAACUCACAGACAGUACUCGUAAUUAUGGGGUUUAUUAGGGAAGUCACAGUUACAAUUCAGGCUCAGGAACACUCAGGCCUGCAUCAGGACAGGUUCUUCCUUCAGGACAGGCUCUUCCCAGCCAUGCUUGCAGACAUGCCUCUCCCUUGCCCUAGGCCUCUGCCCAAAGACACUCAGCUUUCUCUCUCUGUGGGCCAGGAAACCCACCACACCUCUCCUGCUGCCUGGUCUCUCCUGCCACCGCUUCUCUGCCACCUUCAAGGUUACAGCUCACUGUCUUUCUCCUGUGUCCAGGAGCUUCUUAAUGCAGGGACCUCGGGUCCAAAGGACAUGCUGGCUCCUGGCUGUUCUUCCUUGGUGGUGGUGGGAUCUUCUCUUCCCCGCCUCUGGGGUGGCUCAUUUCAAACCCAGUGGGAUGGCAAAACUGACCAAUCCCUUUGGUGGCCACAACUACCCUAUCACACAGUCUGCCCAAUCACUCGGAUGGGAGUUACGAGACCAAUGACUAGAGGCUACACAAAAGCGAUCCAUCCAUCACGCCACAGCAUCUUGUUUUAAUCUUUGCCACAUUGUUAGAACUCACACUGAUUUUUACUUUUUGAUAAUUACGGGGUGUUGUGGAGUCGACAACUCAUGGCACCCCCAUGUGUGUCACAGUAGAACUGCGCUCUACAGAGUUCUCAAAUGGCUGAUUUUUCAGAAGUGGAUCACCUGGCCUUUCUUCCAAGGCACCUCUGGGUGGAAUCAGACUGCCAACUUUUUGGUUAGCAGCUGGGCGCUUAACCAUUUGCACCCCUAGGGGCUCUGUUUGAUAACUAGUGAUGCUAAAUUCCUUUUGCAUGUAUAUUUGUCUCCUUAAAAUGGUCUGUCCUUGUCCUUCACCCAUUUUUCUAGGUACAUUCUGGAGUCUUACCACGGAUUUUCCUUCUUGACUUCUGAUGCAUUAGACUUGCAGGGUACUAGCCCCUUCUCAAAACUCUCUCCUCUUUUGUGUCUUUAAAAUUCCAGUGAAAUAAAUCUCUGCUGACCAAGUUGAUACCUGAAUGGCCAACAUAAAGCCGUCCAUGGUUUUGGGGAGCUCAAUAAACUCUGUUCAGUGAGACCUGAGGUCUUCGUGUGGUCUUCUCAGGCUGGUUUUUCCUCUGAGUGGAAGUUUUUAGCCAAAGACUUAUAGAGCUUUCCAGUAUCUUAGCUCUCAGCACCAUCGCCAAGGUGGCCAUGAGAAGGUUCCUGAGACUGAGUUAGCUCCGUGUUUGACAUAAAGGGUCACUUCCCUCUCCAGGAAGGAGGCCUGGUUCUCGUCUGUGACCGGGGCUUAGGAAGAGCCUGCGAUCCUUUGUGACCGGGCUCUGGACGCAGAGAGGAGCCAGUUACAUCACGUGUGGCCAAGCACUGGUCACUGCUCUAUGACUGGGGGGACAGGGGAAAAAUCAAAACCACAGUGAGAUUCCACUUCACUUCUACUAGGAUGGCUGUUGUUAGAAACAUGGGAAAAUAACAAGAGUCGGUGAGGAUGUGGAGAAAUCGGGAGCCCUUGUGCACUGCUGAUGGAAAUGUAAAAUGGUGCAGCUGCUAUGGAAAACAGUUAGGUGGUUCCUCAAGAAGCUACCCCAAGAAUUAACGUGUGACCCAGCAAUCCCACUCCUAGGUCAAGAGACCCAGAAGACUUGAAAACAGAGACUCAGAGACUGAGAGACCAGUGUGCACUGCGGCAUCAUUCGCAACAUCCAGAAGGUGAACAUAAUCCAAGCGUCCACCAACGGAUGGAUGGAUAAACACCACGUGCUCACGCAGACCACGGAAUAUUACGCAGCCAUAAAGAGAGAUGAAGUCGUGAUACAUGCUACCACAGAGAUGACCCCUGAACACAUUAAGCUGAGUGAAGUCAGUCAGAAAGGAAAGGACAAACAUUGUAUGAUCCCUCUGAUAGGAAAUAUCUAGAAUAGGCCAAUGCAUAAAGACAAGAGAAUAGACUAGUGGCUACCGGGGGCUGGGGGAGAGGAGAGGGGAGAGUUAUUGCUUAAUGGGCACUGAGUUGCUGUUUGGGGGGAUGAAAAACUUCUGCAAACAGUGGUGACGGCUGUAUAACCUGGUGAAUGUGAUUGAUGUCACUGAAUUGUACACUUAAAAAUGGUGAAAGUGACAAUGUUUUGUUAUAUAUAUAUUUUUUACCACAAUAAAAAUUUUAAAUAUAAAAACAAACACAAAGCAACAACAAAAAAAAAGCCCUGAAGGGUGUGUACCCAUCUCCCCUCCAGCUAUCCUGAGCCAUCUGGGGGUGCCUGGGCCCCCUCAGCUCCCAGAAUAGCUUCAACUGCUGUUUUAUUUUAUUUCUAUUCUCCUGUGGACAAGGAUGAUUGCAUUCACCCUAGAGAGCAAACUGCUCCUGG